GCACCUAAAUAUCUCACAGCUAAGAGAUAAAUUGGAAUAAACAGCUGUCACCUUUAAAUAAAUACUCUGGACAGUGUAUGAUCUGCUUUUCUCCACUUUAUUUAGCUGCUCUCCAGUGCAAACUCCCAAGUCUUUGCUCUGCCUCAGUUAGCAGAGCAUUUAUUUUAGAAUCAACUGUAUUUGUUAAGGCUGUAACAACGCAAGGCAUUUCCUGAGAAACUGCAAGGAUGAGCAGCAUGAAGGAACAACAGCUGCAGAAGUAUGGGACUGUAGUAAUGCUCUUCAUUUUCCAAGUUCAGAUUUUUGGGCUCGAUGUUGACAGUCGACCUACAACAGAAGUCUGCUCGACACACACAAUUUUACCUGGACCAAAAGGGGAUGAAGGAGAGAAAGGAGAUCGAGGAGAAAUGGGAAAACAUGGAAAAGUAGGACCAAAAGGACCAAAGGGAAACAAAGGAGUAAUGGGAGAUGUUGGUGAUCAAGGAACGAUUGGGAAAAUCGGUCCGAUUGGUGGAAAGGGUGAGAAAGGAAUCAAAGGUUUAACUGGGACAUCUGGAAAAAAGGGGAAAGCAGGCACGGUCUGUGACUGUGGGAGGUACCGCAAAGUUGUUGGGCAACUGGAUAUUAACGUUGCUCGACUGAAGACAUCCAUGAAAUUUGUAAAAAAUGUAAUUGCAGGAAUCAGGGAAACAGAUGAGAAAUUCUAUUACAUUGUAAAGGAAGAGAAGAGCUACAGGGAAGCACUGACCCACUGCAGGAUCAGAGGGGGAAUGCUGGCCAUGCCAAGAGAUGAGGCAACCAAUGCACUCAUAGCAGACUACAUCUCCAAGAGCGGCCUCUUCCGAGUGUUCAUAGGGCUGAAUGACAUGGAGAAGGAAGGACACUUUGUGUAUGCGGACAACGCCCCGCUGCAAAACUACAGCAACUGGAAGGAAGGGGAGCCAAGGGACACGUCUGGGCAUGAGGAUUGCGUGGAGAUGCUCAGCACUGGGGAAUGGAAUGACUCUGAGUGUCACCUCACUAUCUAUUUCAUCUGUGAAUUCCUCAAGAAGAGGAAGUAAAACAGAGCGUCUGCCAGGCAACUUCUGUAUGUAAAAUAACCCUUCCUUAUUUACUCACUAUAGAUGGAUCUCUGUGCAGGGCAAAGAGUGUAAAGCAGGAGUAACUACAGUGAAAUCAGGGGUUACACUAGGGCAUGUGGAAUCAGAACUGGGCCUGCAGCAGGCAUCUGGUCUUGCCACACAGCAAGACAUUUUUGGUUGGGAUUUAGAGAUCUUGGGCUGAAUUAGGAGCUGGCAUAAGUGAGUGUGACUCCAUGGAUGGAGCUGCAGCAUGCCAAUCAUGGACAAUAAUUGGUAUGAUGAGUUACCAAAACAUUUCAGACUCCACUGGAGGUAGGGGCUUGGAUUGUAUUUGUGAGAAGGGCACAGCAGCACUACUUCAGGGGCUGCAUCUCAUAGUUUCAUAGUAGCUAGGGUCAGGAGGGACCUGAACAGAUCAUCUAGCCUGACCCGCACAAUCUAUGCCACAAUAGUUCAAUACUUUCUGCAGCUUUAGAAGACACAGAAUAACCUGACAUCUCUUUUCUUAAAAGCUGCCCAAAACCCCUCCUGUGCUACUCUCCAGUGACUAGAAGUUAUUCUGUGGUUACAUAAAGCUCCAUCUACCCCCUGGUCCUCUGUGCCAAGUUGAGAACUCCUGAAUGCAAUGGUGUGCAGCCUCUCUUCAAGCUCUGCCGUGGUGGAAUUUGGCAAGGGAAAGAUCACAUCUAAUGGGAAGAAGUGUAAACAGAAACAUACGGAGGAAAGGAGGCUGUAAACAGGCACAUUGCAACAUUAUUUAUACCCAUAUAUACAUUGUUGAAUUAGCUACUGAUUCUAGGAGCAAAAGAUUCACCCAUCUACCUGCUUCACCAAUAGUCAAUGACAUUAAAUUCUCUACUGACAAUAUGAUCUCACAUGCCUUUUUGCAGAAACAUAAUUAAAAGUCUGGUAGCAGCUGUUACACUGUGAGGGCUCAGAGGAGGAAGCUACCGGGCAUUUCCUCAUUUGGUUCCAAUGACUGUCAGGAUGACUUACAUGAGCAAGGGCAGCAAGGAAAAUAUAUGCUUUCCUGUCAAGCCCUGGCUAUCUACUAUUCCAGUAUUCCACUUUAGCAUGUGCUUAAAAGGCCAGAUUUUGAUAUCCUUGGUAGUGCCUUACUUCCUCCAUCCUGCUGAGUCUAUCCGAUGCAGGGAAGCCAUCUGGAUAUCAGGUAGAUUUUCACUCAAGGUCCAACAUCAAGUGAAGGAUGGAGCAUGAGCUACCAGAGGCCUGGUGACCCAGGCACUCCUCAGAAUCAGUCUCUCCCCUGACUCUACCUUGUUCCAGGAAUAAUAACUCCUAGUGUUGUCCAGCAGAAAAUUAGCUACUACCUGCUCUCUCACAAUAGCUUAGGUCAGUAGGGCUAACCAUACCUUGCCAUGCAUCCACAGAUGCAUCUUAAGCAGGGCCAAGGCGGUGAUCCUUCGCCUCUAUGUGACACUGGUCAGGCCGCAGCUGGAGUACUGUGUCCAGUUUUGGGCACCGCACUUCAAGAGGGUUGUGGACAACAUUGAGAGGGUCCAGAGGAGGGCCACCCACAUGAUCCGGAGACAGCAGGGCAGACCCUAUGAAGAGAAGCUACGGGACCUUAACCUGUUCAGCCUUCACAAGAGAAGGCUGAGGGGGGACUUGGUGCCCAUCUAUAAACUCACUAGCGGGCGGACCAGCAGGGUUUGGGAGAGACCCUGUUCCCCCUAGUGCCCCCCGGGGUAACAAGGAAUAACGGCCACAAAUUGUUAAAAAAGUAGGUUUAGACUAGACAUCCGAAGGCACUACUUCACAAUCAGGGCAGCUAGGAUCUGGAACCAACUUCCAAGGGAAGUGGUCCUCACUCCUACCCUGGGGGUCUUUAAGAGGAGGCUUGACAUCUACCUGGCUGGGGUCAUUUGAGCCCGGUUUUCUCUCCUGCCCAGGGCGGGGGGUCGGACUUGAUGAUCUUCUGACCCUACAUCUAUGAAUCUAUCCCGAGCAAGGAAUGUAUGGCUCUGCUCAUGUCUAUUGCUCUCCUGCUACCAGCUCUGGGGGAAAGUGAGUAAGUAACCUAGCUCUGGGCUGUCCAACUGGUGGCCUGUGGGCUGUGUGUGGGCCAUGAGCAGCUAACAUGUGGCCUGCAGUCUGUGAUGGCUGCCUCUCCUACUGCCACGUGGUGGAGUCAGGGCCCAGUGGCCCUGUGUAGCAUAAACAGCUGAGGGACCAUGUGACACUACUGUAGCUCAGACAGUGUGGGGUAUCUGAGAGAGCCUGGGUGCUGAACACAAGUGCUCCAUACAGCCCUUGACACUCCAAAGUUGGACAGCCCUGGCCUAGCUUAAUAGUGUGACAUGACAAGAGGCAUAAAGGCAUACUUCCUUGCACAUAUCUACAGCCAGUCACAGUCUAGCCCUUGGGAUAUAUGGUAAUCAGAGAAAAAUCAAAGAAGCAAAGCUCAUUUCUUAAGAAAAUCAUCUCUGUUAAUAAGCCAAAAGCUAACAUCUCACAUGUUUGAUGGAAUUUUACUUGGUCAUAUAUGCUGGCCUUGUAGUACCCCUGAAGUUCAGUUUAACCCAUCAGUAGGAGCACAGACAGCUUGAUUUUAUCCCUUUGCUUCCUGCCCAACACUUGCAGCCCCUUCUCCGCUAGGUAAGCAACUGACAGCUCCAGCAUCCUUACUCACUGGCUCUCCUGUUGGGCCUGGGCAAGUAGUUCUUUAAUAUGGAGAGGAAGCCAAUGAACAGAGCACCACAGUAUCUUGGCAUACUUCCAGCUAUUGUCAAAGACAUCUGAUUUAUGCCAUCUGGGUUAAACAACUGGGACUGCCCAGCUAAAUGAGGACUGUUUGUACCUAUGCCAGAAAAGUAGGCAUGCCCCAUUGCUGUCACCAAGUUAUUUUCUUGAUGCAGAGGGCUGGAGGAAAGCAGGGAAGAAAGUGAUUUGGAGGAUAAAACCGCAAUGCUUGCAAGACCAGUCUUUGUAUAGCAGUUUGCUGUGCUGCUCUCAAAUACAGCAAUCAGUAACAUCUGUCAAAAUGGGAACUCCAAGGAAAACACUGGAAAGAUACAACAACUGCUCUCUGGUUAGCAAUAAAUUAAAGCAAUCCAGUAACAUGCUCAAAACCUUUGGGAGAAAAAAGAAACAAUAGAAGAGUUACUUUGUGGGUCUCUGCACACUUUGAGGAAGGAAGCAUCAUUUGCUGGUAUUGCUUUCUACCUUUCCAAAUAUUGUCAAAUCCAUCAUUCUCCUCUUCUCCAAAGGCUACAACCUUUUCUUUUCUCUGAGAAGGGAAACAUAGAACAGCCUGCCUCCACAGUCAUGUCACAUUCUGAUUAAGGCUCUGGGGCUAUAUCCCAAACUUGGGCACUGCCACCCAGUGGAGUUCUCAAUCCCAUGGACUGCAGGGAUCCAGGGGAUCUACUGCAUUGGGAGCUGUAAGCAGCUAAGAACAGGAACCGCAGAAGGCAGCAAGUUGAACAGGCAGCUGCCUAAACCGCCUACUAGGAUGUGUGGAGAAGUGGAUUCUCAGCUGUUAGCAUUCUCCUACAUUCAGGUGCCUCUCCUACAUUUCUCAUUGGGGGGACAAAAAAACAACAAGAACCAGAAAGUGAAUCCCUACUCAAUUGCACCCAGUAGCCCAAUGGUUCGAAUACUCACCUGGGCAGUAGGAGGCCCAUUUUCAAAUCCAAAUCUGCCUGAUUUGGUGCAGGACCUCAAGCCUGAUUCUCCCACAGCUGAGGCAAGUGUUUUAGCUAUGAGGCUAUGGGACAUAAUGCUCAUGCCAGGCAGCCCCUCUCUAGUUCCCCCUCCCCCCGCCCCCCAAAAAAAGACAUACCUGACUAUCAUGUAGGAGAAACAAGCUCCAAGGAUGCUUAGUGGAUGGAGUCCACUAAGAGAUGCAAGAAGGGCAAGAAUCUAAGGCCAGACAGGGUUGAUUUAUUCAGUGCUUAAAUAUGUGUUCAAAACAACAGGUCCCCAUGAUCUCCACCCCACAGUGCUGAGGAAACUGGCAGAGGUCAUCGCGGGACCCCUGGCACAGCUUUACAAGCACUCAUGGUGCUCUGGCGAGGUGCCAGAGGUCUGGAAAAGGGCCAAUAUGCUCCCCAUUUUCAAAAAAAGGGAGGAAAGAGGACCCAGGAAACUAUAGGCCCAUUAGUCUUACCUUGGUCCUGGGGAAGCUCUUUGAGAAAGUUAUCCAGGAGCACAUCUGCAAGGGACCAGCAGGGGAGAUUAUGCUUAGAGGCAAUCAACGUGGGUUCAUUAGAGGCAGGUCCUGUCAGACCAACCUGGUGGCCUUCUAUGACCAGGUCGCAAAAGCCAUGGAUGCAGGUGUCACAAUGGAUGUAGUCUUUCUGGACUUUAGGAAGGCCUUCAACACUGUCUCUCACCCCAUUCUCAUUAAAAAAUUAGGCAACUGUGGUGUCAACGCCUACACAGUCAGAUGGGUUGCAAAUUGGCUGGAGGGCUGCACCCAGAGAGUGGUGGUGGACAGGUCAUUUUUGACCUGAAGGGAUGUGGGCAGUGGGGUUCCCCAGGGCUUGGUCCUCGGGCCCACACUGUUCAAUAUCUUCAUUGGUGACUUGGAUGAGGGGGUGAAAAGCACCUUGUUCAAGUUCGCAGAUGACACUAAGAUGUGGGGACAAGUGAGCAUGCUAGAAGAGAGGGACAGGCUGCAACUAGAUCUGGACAGGUUACAGAGGUGGGCGGAUGAGACUAGGAUGGGAUUCAAUACAGAUAAGUGUAAGGUAUUGCACCUAGGGAGGAAAAACCAGCAGCACACCUACGGGCUGGAGAACUCCCUUCUUGUCAGCACAGAGGCAGAAAAAGAUCUUGGAGUCACUAUUGAUUCCAAGAUGAACAUGGGCCGCCAGUGUGGGGACGUGGUCAGGAAGGCUAACCGCAUUUUGUCAUGCACCCACAAAUGCAUCACAAGCAGGUCCAAGGAGGUGAUCCUCCCCCUCUGUGCGACAUUGGUCAGGCCGCAGUUGGACUACUGCGUCCAGUUCUGGGCACCGCACUUCAGGAGGGAUGUGGACAGCAUUGAGAGGGUCCAGAGGAGGGCCACUUGCAUGAUCAGAGGGCAGCAGGGUAGGCCCCAUGAGAAAAGACUACGGGACCUGAACCUGUUCAGCCUACACAAAAAAAGGCUGAGAGGGGAUCUGGUGGCCACCUACAAAAUUGCCAAGGGGGACCAGCGGGCAAUGGGAGAGUCUCUGUAACUCUCGGUAGUGCUCAGGGGAACAAGGAAUAGCAGUCAUAAGCUGACAGAGAGUAGGUUCAGGCUAGAUAUCAGGAGGCACUACUUCACAGUCAGGGUGGCUAGGAGCUGGAACCAGCUUCCUAGGGAAGUGGUGCUCACCCCUACCCUGGGGAUCUUCAAAAGGAGGCUAGACAAUCACCUUGCCAGGGUCAUUUGACCCCAGCAUUCUUUCCUGCCCAUGGCAGGGGGUCGGACUUGAUGACCUGCUUAGGUCUCUUCUGACCCUACCCUACCAACUAACUGUGUUCCUCUUCCACCUUGUUUGAACCUCUGAGAAAACACCGAUUCAAAAGAUGGUGAUCAUCCUCCUCCUUAACGCUAAGAUGAUGAAAUGUUACACAAAGUCAGGGCUGUCCCACUAUGGCCCAUGAGGGGCUAAGCUGCAGCCCCUGGCCUCCUACUUGGCUGCCAUUCCUCCUGUUGCUCUGGCUGCAAUAGCUAAGAGAGUCCAUGGCUCUCCCUCCCUCCUCUGGCUUCUGCUUUCUGCGCCUGCCCCAGUAGGUGAGCAGGAGGUGAGACAGUGCAGUGCCCAGUGUGGGGAGGUGACUUGAGCACAGUUCAUGUGGUAUAACAGGGGGUUGUCAGAACCGCAUUCAGCCCUGGGGCCUGUUGCCCCCUCCUUCCCCCACCACAGUGUGGUCUCUGCUGGUACAGCCCUGGAGCAUGCAACCCCUGGCCACUUAUAAAUUGGACAGCCCUGCAAAAAGCAGACAUGUUAACAGUUUUCAGGGACUCAAACAAGGUGGAACAGGAUUGGACUCUAAAUCCAUACAGAGGACUCAUAGGAUCUGGCCCCUAGUUUGAGCACCCCACUGGGGUGGGACAUGGAUGUGAAAACUGAGGGCUGACUGGCAGCACCAGGACUUAGGCAGACUUGCCCAACCCUGUUAGGUACUUACCUAUAAGUUAGGCAAGAACCAGUGAACACCAAAAUGCUAGAUUUGGACACCUAAGGGCUUCUUUAGAUGGCCAAGUCCCUUGGUAGACUCUUUGCUUCUAACUUCUUAAAGAUAAGCAAAAUUGAUGACAGUACUAUAAUGAUAUUAAAAGAGGCUGGCAGAUGCAAAGGAUGAAAAAGAACUGGUGGAACUGAGACAAUUAGCACAGUUCCAGUAUUGAUGGAACUCCUAAACUGUUUGUUUUCAUCUCUAAGAUACAGAUGAUUUCAAAGGUAUUUCCUAUCCACUUAGGCAAUAUCCUCUUAAGAUCACUAGUACAACUGCUGAUCUCUCUGGCACCGGGAGGAACUAUCUGCACAUCCCUGGCAGGUUUACACAUUGUUUAAAAAACUAAUUUUAUCAAAAACAUCAUAGAUAUAAGUUUAUGCUGUUGGGCCCACAUUCCCUCUAACAAGUCAGCCAUUCAACUCAGACAGGUAAUAAAAGUCACCCCACUUUUUUCUGAUUCUUGUGGUCUCUGCAGCCACAUUCAGUAGUUGUAUGAUUUGGCAACUAUAGCAAUGAAAUGCAUUUAUGGGCCUUGUCACGGGAUGGGGUCCUGCAGGAUGGCCGUGAUCUCCCCAAGGCCCCCUUACUGUGCCAAGUUAGCCCAAUGGGCACCCUCUAUUCUCACCCACCACGUCUUUGAUUGAACGUUUGAUAGGGAGGCUGCCUUUCAGUCCUCUUGGACACAGUCUUGAUUGACUCUUUGGAACCUGUGGGUUUCCAGACCCCUGGUGGGUCCCGCUCCAAGACAGAUGUCAUAAUGGGUGUUUCGGGGCACCCUAGCCUUAUGGGCUAUGUGUGGCUCUAACCACCACUUUACCAUGCCCCAAGCCUUACAGAUGGUACCAGUGUUGUUUGGUCUUGGCCUUGUUGCAAUUUGGCUCCCUUGUCCUUCCUGGGCUCUCCACAGCUCUGUCUCGCUCAGCACUUCACAGGCGCCUGGGCUUUCCGCAGUCCUGCAGACUGUGACAUCUGGGGUCUGUGCACCCCCAAAUGCCACAUCCUCUCUGGCACCAGAGUCUGUGCACCUCAUAUGCCAUACCCUCUCUGGUGCCGGGGUCCCCACACUGCCGUUGGCCCCCUAUGAGGCCUCCUCCAUCCCCUAAUAACUUCACCCAAACCACAGGUGUUAUACAACAAUAAACAAAACACAAGCCCCUGGGCUGUAACAUAAAAUCAAUCCGCCCAGCUAUAACGUCAUUUGAACCCUACUGGGGAAUACUCCAUCCCACAACAGUAUCAGGAGCUACUGGUGCAGUCAGAUCUCGCCCCUUUUGCUUGCUCUGGGAGAGCUCCUACCCCCUUGGCUGCCGGCAGGGAACUGCUUCCUAGCCCCAACCCUGGGGUUUAUAUGUGAGUCAGGCCCUGCCCCUUCUGGUGAGCUGACCACUGGCAGGUGUGGGCCACUAGCUUGUUCUGGCUGCCCUGGUAACCAGCAGCUGGGGCUCCCAACUCACUGCUAGGGCUCUUCCCUUACCAGUUUCAGCUCUGUACAGGCGCAGGGCACCCUACUGCCCUGCGACAGGCCUUGCAAGCACAAAAAACUAAACAAGUCUCUGCCUCUGUUUAAUUUAAUAUAUGAUCUUGAAAGGAACACAAAUGAUGUAGCUGGUGGUAAUCAAAUGGGACACACAUUAAACCAACCAACUUGGAUAUACCUACAGCAAUGAAAAUAGUGCGUGUUGCAGUGAGGGGGAGGGGUCAAGUUACAGUUGCUUUGGAAGUCAUUAUUCUAAAUAUUCUGGCCUAUAGGUGAUUAAAUGUGCAGUUGUGCAUUGCUAUUAAUUUAAGCUUUUUGGUUUUGCAUUUAUAUCAUAUUUUGAGCAUUGAAGAACAUUUUAAAAAGAAGGAACAAGUGGGAGCAAAUAAGAGCUUUAAUCCAAGCUGCAUUAAUGCUUGUGUGGGAAGCAAAAACAACCAAAGUAUUUGCAGUGUCUGCCUAUUUAACUACAGCAUGCUGGGUGCUUGGCUUCACACUCAUCCCACUCCACCCCUCUUUUGUUUUACAACAGUUUCCCCAUGCUGAUGUUUCAACAUACAGAGGCAACCUUUCACUCAAAUGUUCAGGAGAUGGGCGCGGUCCAUAAUUUGUAUGGUCUUGUACAGAGAAGGACUGCAACACCAAAGGAAAAGGGAAAAAUGAUCUAAAGAGGAAUGCUAAGGAGACUUGGGGGGGGGGGGGGCGGUGAGAGCAUGCACAGGCUCUGACUAAUGCACUUAAACAUGUGCUUAUAGUUAAGCAUCUGCUUACCUCCCACUGAAAUUAUGCACUUCACUGCUUUCAUGAAUAGAUGAAGUUAAGCAGUCCUUUUGUACAGGGACUAUUUCUUUGGUCUUAUUACCUCAGAUGUAGAAUAAUUGGAUGUGAUUUAACAUACAUGAAAAAUAAAUAAUUGAAAUAUUUUAGCAGUCAUAGAUCCUGCUUCCCAUCACUGUACACUUUAAAGGCAUGUUAUCUUAUUUACACUUCACCAACGAACUCCCCCUACUUGCCCAUUUCCCAAUUUCAUGGAAGCUUUACAUUGUUAUUAGAAGUAAUUGUUUAGUUAGCGCCCCAGUGGUAUACAACCAUGGUUUACAACACACAAUUCAUACAGGGUGCUGAGCCCAAAUUGUUAUCACCUGGAUUGGAGAGAUGUAAACCAAACAAUUACAAGGAUAAGACAAGAGGGUAGGAGUGAUUAAAGUUCAUAGAUUUCAUAGACAUUAGGGCUAGAAGGGACCUCAGAAGAUCAUCGAGUCCAGCCUCCCACCCCAGGGGCAGGAAGUCAGCUGGGGUCAAAGGAUCCUAGCAAGUUAACCAUCCAAAUGUCUCUUAAAGGAGUCCAGAGUAGGUGCUUGCACCACCUCUGGCAGCAGUCUGUUGCAGGCCUUGGGGGCUCAGACAGUACAGAAGUUCUUCCUUAUGUCAAGCCUGAAACGGUCUUGGAGGAGUUUAUGACCUUUUGACCUUGUCAUCCUGGCGUUCCCCCAGAUUCUGAUGUUACACCCUUAUAUACUUGUAGGUGGCCACCAGGUCCCCCCUGAGCCUGCGCUUUUCCAGGCUGAAGAGUCCCAUGGCUCUCAGCCUCUCAUCAUAAGGUCUGUUUUCCUGAUCUCUGAUCAUGCAUGUGGCUCUCCUCUGCACUCUCUCAAGCUUCUCCACAUCCUUUUUGAAUUGUGGGGCCCAAAACUGGACGCAGUACUCCAGCUGCGGCCUCACCAAGGCCGAGUACAGUGAGAGGAUGACAUCCUGGGAUUUGCUAGAGAAGCAUCUACGGAUGCAAGCCAGAGUUUUCCUUGCUUUACCAGCUGCAACAUCACAUUGGUGGCUCAUAUUCAUCUUGUGGUCAAUCAUGACCCCCAAGUCCCUUUCGGCCGUGGUGUUAGCAAGCAUAGCAUUGCCGAGCCUAUAAGCAUGCUGUGCAUUUUGAUUCCCAAGGUGCAGUAUCUUGCCUUUUUUGGUGUUGAAAGAUAUCAGGUUUUCAUCUGCCCAUUUUCUGAGUCUGUCUAGGUCAGCCUGGAUCACCAUCCUGUCCUUGGGUGAGGACGCUUUACCCCAAAGUUUGGUGUCAUUGGUGAACUUAGCCAGUCAGCUUCUGACACCAAUGUCCACAUCAUUGAUGAAGAUGUUAAAGAGUAUAGGCCCAAGGACAGAGCCUUGGGGGACCCCACUGGCCACGGCACACCACAAUGAUUGACUUCUGUCAACUACCACUCUCUGGGUCCAACCUCAGAGGCAAUUCCCCAGCCAUCAGACUGUGAUGUCACCAAGACUGCAGUUGGACAGUUUUUCUAUGAGAUGAUCAUAGGAUACCAGAUUGAAAGCUUUUUUAAAAUCAAGAUAUAUGACAUCAACCUCCUCUCCCUUGUCCAGGUGAUAUGUCCCCUGGUCGUAGAAGGAGACGAGAUUCGUCUGGCAAGAUCUACCUACAACAAACCCAUGCUGGCUAUCCCUCAGGAUAGGGUUAGGGUCAUUAAGAAUAAAAAAAUUAAGAAAAAAAAGCAAAGGGGAGGGAAGAAUUUGGAUGUGGAGUUAGAUGUGAAGGUAGCUCAGCAGGCAGAAGAGGGCAGAUUUUCUAAUUAUGGCCAGCAAGUCAGCUUUCACACAUUGAUCCUUCUCUUGAAGAUAAGCCAUGGCCAUCCAACUGGCAGCUCAUGGGUCACAUGAAGCCCACGAGCAGUUCAUGUGUGCUCACCAGGGCUCUCAGCGUGUCACCGCUCCCCUCACCACUCCUACUGCAACAGCAGCUGGAGUCUCCAAGCUCUCACACCCUCACCUGACUGCUGCUUCCUGCCUUCACCCUAGGGAGCAGGGCAGUGUGGCACCAUGGCGAGGUGAGGGUGAGGACAGGGUCACAUGCAUAGGGAAUUGGCUGCAAAGGGCUGUGGGAGGGUGGGGACCUCAUGGCUGUGUAUUGCAGGGGGAGUAAUUGUGUCUGUGUGGCACAGUUUUGGUGGGAGAGGGUCUGCACAGCAUACCUAGGGCACUCCUGCCAGUGCAUGAGGUCCCUGGGGACUUAGAAAUUGAACAGCCCUGCCAUUGGCUGAGGAAACUGCCAAACCCAGAUUAUGAAAAGCUCCAACUCUGUUCCUCAGGCAGCUUUCUACAAUCAGAGCAAAACUCAACUAUGAGAGAGACAGCUUCUCUAGGACUUCAUACAAGACUGGAAUGAACUCCUGCUAGAACUGAGGCCCAUUAUCAAUCUCUCCACCUUUCCCUUCAGGAGAAGGUACACUUCAGUGUGCCUUCAACAGAAGCACACAGCAGUAUGCCCAUUAAACACAUACAACCAACCUAAAAGAUGGCAUUGCAUGUAAUUUUCCUGGUGAGAGGAUAAGUGCAAGAAUGAACUGCCUGUGACAGGUGAGCGAGGUUGCUCAGCGCACUAUUGGAAGGCAUUCAAAUACCAGACAAAGCAGCUGGUUUGAGAACUUAAAUAGAACAGAAAGGAAUGCAAAUAAAGGCCUGGAGGCAGGAGAGCUGGAAAAGGCAAUUAAGGAGGAGAAAUGGAACAGAAUGCAAAGCUGGGGAGCGAGCUCUGAGGAGAGGUGGAGGUGUCAUUCAGAGACUUAAUGGUGAAAAUUAGAGUUUGGAAAGGGAAGGAAGGGUAAAGAAACCAAUGAAUGGAUUUGAGAAAUGGCAUGGCAGAAUGAAGCUAUCAGGAAAGGAAAAUGAUUUUAGCCAAAGCAAUAGAAAGUUUGUUAUUGCUGAAAAAUGGAUGUGACUUCACAUCAAAGCACCUGUUCAUAAUACAGUUCCUAAAAAGCUGAACUGCAUGGCUGCAGUGAUCCUGAGUCUUUACCUUGGCAUGGGAUGGAAACACCUGAUUAGUGGGAAGAAUUCCUGACCACCCCGCCACCAUGACUAUCUGGAGUUUCACUGUUUGCCUUCAAUACAACGGUCCUCAUACUGUCACUGUCUAAUGAAUUGAGAGCAAGUAUCUCCGUGUUUUCAAUGAAAUUUUAUCCUUGUCAAGCUAAGAGACUUUUACGACUACAUUUUAAAACACAAUUAAAAAACCCAACAAUUUUAUACUGCAUAAGGUGUCACAAAAAUGUGCAGAGCUGAGGGUCAGCAAUGUAAACUUCCCCGUACUGUUUGACCGGUUAGAGGUCUAUGCAGGAACAGUAAUUACCAUCACCUGAUGGGAGUGUAACCUUGCCUAACUCUGCACGAACCAUUUUUAACUUGGACAGGGUCCAAGAUGAAAUUCAGUUCCUUACCAACACUUCCAUUUCCUGUUCAACCCCCUUUGCACUGCGCUGGUAGCAACAGCUGCCUAGGGAGUUAUUUAAUUUAUGGGGCCUGGUUUAAAUGCUUCCCAGUUGGCACCUACGACUGACUAAUGCCCCCUACAACAAAAGUUGCUCCUUGUCCUAGGAGGAACUGACCCCCUGACUUAGGAGUACCCCUUUUAUCAAUGCCUAAAUCCAUUCCCUGUUCCUCAGUGCAACUAAGUAGUCCCCUUCAUAGACAGUGGGGAACCCAAUCCCUAAUCCAAGUUGUGGCCUUUGCAUGGAUACAUGCCCUGGGUAAGGACAUAUAUACAAUCUGGGAAGGGAGCCAGGCACCAAGUUACAUGACUAGGAUUCUCAACAAAUCAGGGAUUACUCUGACUUCUCUGGUCAAAAGAGUCUCCGAGGAAGCUGGAAAAGCCUGCUGGAGGCUCAACCCUGCUUUGUCCCAAGUAGAAGAUUAUCUUGUUUUAGGGAGAAGCUAGAAGCUGGAACCUGACCAAAUUACAGCACGGCCCCAAGAAGAAAGGUCUGUUUUCACCCUGCCCGAAGGGAGAAACCCAAGCCAACACCUAAGGCUAGCAAAGUCUUGAAGGUCCAUCCUAGAGAGAGUCCUUGCUAGUAGAUGCAGAGGCACUGGAAAGCAAAUGAAGUAAGUCUGGGUUUGAGGUAUGGGGUACACUGGCAAGUUGUUUAAGGUUCUCAGGGUAGGGAACCCACAGCAGAGGGUAGGUGUAAGUUCCCUUUAUGUUACUGAUCUGGUAGAGCGAAGUAACUCCUGCUGCAAGAGGAAAAAAGAAAAGGGGUGGGGGGGAGGGAACUAAACAGAGGGUGGGAGGCUGAGCUCAGGAGAAAUAGGGAUGAAGACUAUUGUGUGCCUAGUAUGGGUCCAAAAAGGAAGGUUUACAUUCUCCUUUAGGCUUUGACUUUCUCUGAAAAGUGAUUAAACUGCAGGGCUAAAUUACAUCAGGCACUGAAUGCUGCUCAGGAGGCAAACUGAGGCAGGCUGACUUCAGUGCUUUGCCCUGCUACUCGGGGGUAGAUGCCAGACCUGAGCCCUGCUGCCCUUUGAAAGUAAGCAUCCAAGUCCUUUAACAUUAGUGCUCACAUGUAAUAAUAUUCCUCAUCCUCAUUCUCCACUUCUUAUUCACUUUGAACCUAAGACAUCAGAGCUAACUAAAAGUUUUCAAUAGCUAAGCCUUCUUUGAAGAAAAAUGGAUUUCCAACAAAAAAAAGUUUUCUGACAAAAAUGGUUCAUGAAGCAUUUUGUGGAGAAAAGUCAUGCUCUGCAGAUGAGAACAUGUUGUGUAUAGACUUGUAAAUGAUUUUAUAUUGUGGCUUUAGAAGUUUCUAUGUACUAUUUCAAACCCAGAGGUGUAAUCAUCACAAAUAUUCAAUGUAUAUUGACAGAUAAAACACUGGAGCAAUAAAUACUAUAUCUUAACUGCA